UUUAAGAAUAGAGUGUGCGCGCGCGUGUUGUAUAUUUGAAUGAAGUACGAUAGACGGCCUGCAUCUAAGUUGUCAUAUUUUUACAAAGAAUCUUAUGUGUUACACAUUCUUGAAGUUCUUGAGGUAUGUGAUUUAUCAACUUUGAAUCUAACCAUACAAUGCCCUUACUGAAAACGAAGUGCCAAUGAUCUAAUCGCUUAGAAUACGUUCAAGAUUUCGCAUCUUUGAAAUACAAAACAUUAUUCGUUAGAAAAAACAUUUGUGUUCAAUGAUAUCAGAAUGCAAACGUCAGAUGAUAAAUCCAGUACCAAAAGUAACACGGAUGAUUCACUUUCCAAUCGUAAUGAGGUGAAUCCUAUGCAAAUCAAUAUUGCCACCGCAAUGUUACAAGAAAAUUUACUACAAAGAUCCAUCCAGAAUGUGGCACUUUCUCUGCAGACUGCGAUGAUGAAUUCCUUACAGCAAGCUGCUCUUUUACCGGUUAAUUCGGCAGCUGCAGCUGCACUGAAUUUGCAAGCUUUAGAAUCCUACUUCACCCUUCAACGUUUGACAACAGUAUCGGCAAAUGUCAAUAGUACCUCUGGGAGAAUUGAUAUUCUUAAAAUAGCUGCUAGUACGGCUAAAAUUGGCGAGGAAACUAUCACCUCUGGCGAGGAAGCAAUUAAUAAUACCAGCCUAAGCGAAGAUGUUGAUUUGGCUGAAGAAGUAGAAGAAGAUCUGGCACUUUUAGCGAACGAUGAAACAAUCAAUAACUUCUCAUCUUCCUCGUCACCUGUGGAUCCCAGCUGCUCCAACCUGAUUUUGAGUGGUAUUUAUCCGAAUUCACAGGGUCCAUUACCAGAUAUAAUUUCCACUUCAACAUCUAAUAAUAGCGAAUCAUUGGGAAGGCAAAAAGGAAGUUCUCGGCCGAAAAAACAGUUCAUUUGUAAAUUUUGCAAUAGACAAUUCACGAAAAGUUAUAACCUGCUCAUACAUGAAAGGACUCACACUGACGAGAGGCCGUAUUCUUGUGAUAUUUGCGGAAAGGCUUUCAGAAGACAGGACCACCUUAGAGAUCAUAGGUAUAUCCACAGCAAAGAAAAGCCUUUCAAAUGUACAGAAUGUGGAAAGGGGUUUUGUCAGUCCCGAACCCUGGCAGUUCAUAAAAUACUACACAUGGAAGAAUCUCCACACAAGUGUCCAGUAUGUAGCCGGUCAUUCAAUCAAAGGUCGAAUUUGAAAACUCAUCUCCUCACCCACACCGAUAUCAAACCCUAUAACUGUUCAGCAUGUGGAAAAGUGUUCCGAAGAAACUGUGAUUUGAGAAGGCACAGCCUGACCCACAAUUUAGGAUCGACCCAGUCCAGUACGACAAUUCACCAAGACUUUAGUAUAGACUCCAUAAUGAACAGAACUGCGACUGUGAUCAGUAAAUGAUGAAACCUGAAACAUUUUACACGACUGAAAUUAUGGCGUUUCAAUAAUGCAUGCGAAAAAUAUUGACACGGUUUCAAAAUCAUUUCUCUGAUUCGCAUAAAGAUAUUUCGAAUGGUUUGUGAAAAAAUAAUGAGCGAAGAUAUAUGAACGUUUCUUGUUGUCGUUUUCGAAUGUUUGGCAACAUGAAUUGAUUUGAAAGAAAGCUGUAUGAUUUGUAAAAAAUAAAUUUCAUUUCCAAGGG